AUCAUAUCAGCUCUGAUUUUGUAGUACCAAGUCUGUUCUCCGUUUUGUUUUGUAAACUUUUCGGCAUGUUCUCUGUUAAAUAGACUACAGCAGUUUUGUAACUUGUUCCACCUUGGCUUAGUGCUAGCACGCUAGCUGACAGACACAAGUAUGGGUAACUGCAGCUCAAUAUGGCAACCGGAGUAUGGAUGAGUGGGUGUGUCGAAAGGAGUGGGUGUAUGGAAAGCGAAUCAGCUAAUUGGGCAGGUUUCUUGCCACUCAAGAACGUUUUGCGUGGCUGAUUGGGGUGCAGAGUCGAUAAGCUGGCGACCAGUGCAAUAGUGUUGUAUUAGCCUGCCUGCCGACUUGAAAUACUUAUUACUGGCUAUCAAGGUCAUGUCGCUGCUGUAGCUAAAGUGGCAAUUUUUUAAAAUGCGUAUACUAAUGCAAAUCCAUAUGUGACAUGUGAUUAUGUUUAUGCUUUACCUACCCUUAAAAAAAUGUGAGGGGAGUGAGCUAAAAAACUAAGUUGGACCCCCUUUAAAAAAAAAUACUAUCCAACCUUAGUUCAACACCUAGUGACCUCACCAAGCAAUUUGUUUGUUGUUGUUGCCUUUUGGUAUAAUUGUUUUGGAAUGACAGUCACAGACACCAGGGUUUGAGUCUCAACGUAGUUAAUUACUCCCCUAAUUAAUUACGUUGGUGUCAGGUGCUGGAUAGCACCACAUGUGGGCCCUAUGGACCCUGGUCAAAAAUAGGACACUAAUAUAGGGAAUAAGGUGACAUUUGGGAUGCAGACAUAAAGUGGGGGCUAAUUUCUUGGAGAGAGUGGUGUGGAAGUUUGACGGAAGAGCCCGGUGGCCAUGGUGGCACAUCUCUACAACUUCCAGGUGGUGCACACCCUCCUCCCCUUUGACAUCCUGAAGAUGCUGGUUGGGGCUUUCAUCGAAAAAGAACAAGAGCUGGUUCUGUUCAUGCUGAAAAAUGUAGGCUUCGCCCUGCGGAAGGAUGAUGCCCUGGCUCUGAAAGAGCUCAUCUCUGGGGCCCAGCGCAAAGACAGCGGUGGUAAUGCUUUCGAACAUGGUGCGCUUCAGCUGCAGACCAUGUUGGCUCUGAAGAACAACGAUAUGAGGAAGGUCCCAGUCCAUGACCCAGAGCCUGUUGAGAGACUGCAAAAACUACAGAGAACUCUGAUCCACCAGAGUUCAGGGGCCAGUGAUGUGAAGCUGAGGGUCUCUUUGGAGAACCUCUUGGCUGCAGAGCAGGUGGGCCGCUGGUGGAUCGUGGGCUUAUCGUGGAGCAGAGCACCCAUGAUAGGUGACCAGGGCAACAUGACAUCAAAACAGACAACUGCAGAAGGAAAGUUCAGCUUAAAGAUCUUAGACCUGGCCUGGAAACGGAGAAUGAAAGACAUAAGGAGAAAUAUCUUCUGCGUCAUCAUGACCAGCGAGGAUUACCUGGAUGCCUUUUGAGAAGCUG